GACCCUGGUCCUGCAACUUGCCAGCUCAGAGGUUCUAGCAGCAGCCGGCUCGCUUCCCUGGUUGCAGCUUGGGAGGCUCGGGCGGCUCCUGUGGUGGGCGGCCAGGGGAGAGCCGGGAUGGGCUGCGGACGCGCGACGUGAUCAGCUCGUAAACGGAACCACGCUGCCGGCCGCAGUGGCUCAAGAGUCUACUAUUCCGGGGCGAGCGCGCUCGGGACGCAGACUCGGCCGGAGCAUGCGGGGUGCGGCGUGGGCGGCCCGGAGGCGCGCGGGGCAGCAGUGGCCUCGGUCCCCGGGCCCUGGGCCCGGCCCGCCCCCGCUGCUGCCGCCGCUGCUGCUGCUGCUGCUACUGCUGCUGGGAGGCGCGAGCGCGCAGUACUCCAGUGACCUGUGCAGCUGGAAGGGGAGUGGGCUGACCCGAGAGGCACACAGCAAGGAGGUGGAGCAGGUGUACCUGCGUUGCUCAUCAGGCUCUGUGGAGUGGAUGUACCCAACUGGGGCCCUCAUUGUUAACCUGCGACCCAACACCUUCUCACAUGCCAGGAACCUCACUGUGUGCAUCAAGCCUUUCAGGGGCUCCUCUGGGGCCAAUAUUUAUUUGGAAAAAACUGGAGAACUGAGACUGUUGGUACGGGACGUCAGUGGUGAACCUGGCCAGGUGCAGUGUUUCAGCCUAGAGCGGGGUGGCCUAUUUGUAGAGGCAACACCCCAACAGGACAUCAGCAGGAGGACCACAGGCUUCCAGUAUGAGCUGAUGAGUGGGCAGAGGGGACUGGACCUGCAUGUGCUGUCUGCCCCAUGUCGACCUUGCAGUGACACUGAAGUCCUCCUUGCCAUCUGCACCAGUGACUUUGUUGUCCGAGGUUUCAUCCAGGAUGUCACCCAUGUACCAGAGCAGCAAGCAUCAGUCAUCUACCUGCGGGUGAGCAGGCUCCACCGUCAGAAGAGCAGGGUCUUCCAUCCAGCUCCUGAGGGCAGCGGCCACUGGCUGGGCCAUGUCACAACACUGCUGGAGUGUGGUGUACGGCCAGGACAUGGGGAAUUCCUCUUCACUGGACAUGUGCACUUUGGGGAGGCACAGCUUGGAUGUGCCCCACGUUUUAGUGACUUUCAAAGGAUGUACAGGAAUGCAGAAGAGAGGGGCAUAAACCCUUGUGAGAUCAAUAUGGAGUGACCUGCAGGGUGACAUGGUACUGUUCUUCAAAUGAGCCACGAUUUGAGUCCUGAGUUGCUCUAUCAAAUCCUGAUAGAGGCUGCCGGGUGGAGGCACAGGUCCAGCCUGGUGCUUGAACUGGGAAGGUACAUGCUGCUCUGACCCAUUAGGUCUCAGCCAAGAAUGCCCUGACCCAUUGGAAAUUCUGUAAAAUGCAAACUAAGUUAUUAUAUUUUUUGUAAAAAAGAAAUGUCCAUAGGAAACAAA